GUUCCCCUUUCUCGCAGGUUGCGCUGGUCCUGCUUCCUCCACGGACAGACAGCGGGGUGGACUUCUGGGACGUCUAAGGAUUCGGUCUAAAUCUACCGUAAAACGGGCGGUUAAGAGUAGUUCCGGUCGAGAUACAGAAUGGCUGCACUGCGUCGUCUGAGGCAGUACCACUCCACAGGCAUUGCUAUCUCUAAUGUUCACACGAGCAGCCAUGCCUCUGCCAAACAGCAUCACAAAAUGCUCGUGCUCGGAGGAGGAAGUGGGGGCAUUGCGAUGAGUGCACGAAUGAAGAGGAUGAUGGGAGCUGAGAAUGUCGCUGUUGUGGAGCCUAGUGAGAUGCACUACUAUCAGCCAAUAUGGACCCUGGUUGGUGCUGGUGCAAAAACUGUAGCCUCAUCGGGUCGCCCGACUGCAAGUGUUAUGCCAUCUGGAGUGAAGUGGGUGAAAUCUAAAGUUCAGGAAAUAAACCCAGACACAAAUACUGUCCGCACAGACGAUGGGACUGAAAUCUCCUACGAGUAUUUGAUUGUGGCUCUUGGAUUACAGCUCCAUUAUGAGAAGAUCAAAGGACUGCCAGAGGGGUUUGAACAUCCAAAGAUUGGGUCAAAUUACUCUGUUCAAACUGUGGAGAAGACAUGGAAAGCUCUGCAGAAUUUCAAAGAGGGCAACGCUGUGUUCACUUUCCCCAAUACACCUGUGAAAUGUGCCGGAGCUCCACAAAAGAUCAUGUACCUAUCAGAUGCCUUUCUCAGAAAGAAUGGAAAGAGAGGAAAGGCCAAUGUAAUAUACAAUACAUCACUACCCGUGCUCUUUGGGAUCAAGAAAUAUGCUGACUCACUAUGGGACAUUGUGAAACGCCGUGACCUACAAGUGAACCUGAGACAGAACCUGAUUGAAGUGCGGGCAGACAAGCAAGAAGCUGUGUUUGAAAAUCUUGACAAACCAGGCGAAACCAAAGUGAUUGAGUAUGAAAUGCUUCAUGUCACACCACCAAUGGGACCCAGUUUGGUGAUUAAAGGCAGUCCACUGGCCGAUGAAGCUGGCUGGUUGGAUGUGAACAAAGACAAUCUCCAACAUAAGAGGUAUCCAAACGUGUUUGGGAUUGGAGACUGUACCAACCUACCCACAGCCAAAACUGGUGCUGCAGUUGCUGCGCAGACUGCUAUCUUGAACAGAACCAUCAGCAAAGUACUGAAAAAUGAGAAGCCAGAUAAAAAGUAUGAUGGCUACACUUCAUGUCCGUUGGUUACAAGCUACAACACAGUAAUUCUGGCAGAGUUUGACUACAAUGGACAACCACUGGAAACAUUCCCCAUCAACCAAGCCAAAGAAAGAAGAUUAAUGUACCACAUGAAAGCUGAUGUAAUGCCUCAUCUCUAUUGGCAUGGGCUUCUCAGGGGACUGUGGGGUGGACCAGGACCAUACAGGAAGCUCUUUCAUCUUGGGAUGAAAUGAAACCUCACUAUCAGUUUGCAUGUAAAGAGUCACAUUUCCUAAACUUUUAGGGGGAAAAAAAGCAAAUGAAAUUCAUCAUUCAUGAUUCCUAAAAGGGUGGUCACAAAUGUGGCUAGUGCAGUAAUAUUUAUGGCCUGGACAUCAUGACUGAAUUACAAAAAGUUGGAUCAAGUUGUAGGGCAAAUUUAAAUAUUAAGGUCCAUUUGAAGCUGCAUGAAGUGUUGCUUUUGAUAUUACCAUGGAAUGAAUCCUUGUAUAGAGAGAUUUUGUUAUAGUCAUUAAACACUGAGAAUUAACGCUUUCAGCUACUCAUAGGUUAAUUUUUUUGGUUCUUUUGGCAGCAUAUUGAAUGUAAGGUCUUGCCGCUUUCAUCAACCCCAUUACCCAACCAGUAAUAAUAUUUUUAUAGGAGCCGACAAAGUUUUGUUGAAUAUUCUUAUUCCACAUUGAUUUGCAAGCCUAGGUGUACCAGUGCCAUUUUAGAAGCCUGUGGGUUUAACCAAAACCCCACUGCCAACCUGACGUUAGCUGGACUCUCACUGUACUUAACUUUUUCUACAGAGUAUACCGUCCACGUGACCCAGGUACAUCCACUGAACUGACCGAAAAUUGCCUUCUUUAAAUUCAUAGCUUCUUUUCCUUGUGUGCAACUAAAUGAGCAAAGCAAAAUGUGUUUUCUCGCUAUUUUUGGAUUAUAAUAGUCUUCAAGUCUGUUUCCAGCUUAAGAACUAAAGCAUCCAAUCCAUGAAGACAUUUUUUUUAAGCAAUUAUUUGUGCUGCCAAACAUUUUUGAGGGAUUUUGCCUUGGGAAAGCUUGACCAUUAAUAUACAAACUACCAAAAGUGCUUAUUCUUACUUUUAAACAUCUAAGAAAUUGUGUUUUGUAAAGAGGGAUUAUUUUUCUAUCAGUGCUAAACUACAAUAUAAAUCUUGGUGAUUAUACAGUCUUUGCUAACUUCAUAGUUGUAUUAAAAAAAGGUUAAUUACACUUUAAUUAUUAAAAUGACUGUGUAUGCUUAUAAACCUAAUGUAAUGAUGGUAUUAAAGUCAAAACUGAAAUUGUUAUUGAAAAAUCAUAAAUAUAUAUUCAGUAUAGUUUCAGCCUUGUUGGACUUUUAUGGUAAUUUACAUCCAGUAUUACAACAACAGCAUUGAAGGUUAUAUAUGCCUUUGUUUUGCUGUGAUUUGGGUAUAGUAUUAUUUACUUACUUGAGGUCCCAGAUUAAUAUUGUCACUGUUGUCACACAGUCAGCAAUUUGUGUUCAGCUCUCUUUCUGCACACCUGAAGCAGAAAUGGUGCUUGGCAAGCAAAUGUUUUGCAUGUUCUAGGCCGUUAACUAGACGGUUCUUUCAGUUUUCAUUACAGCUGACCAUUUCUCAUAGUUUCACUAUUGUUUUCAGAUUGACCAAAUGCCUUUGUCCUACCUUUGGGGCAUCGAAAGUCAUUAGCAAAACAAGGUUCAAAUGUAUUUAUUCAUGAAAACUGGCAACAAUAUUUGCAUGUUGUCUGUGCACAAACAUAAUUUAAUUGGAGGGCUGCCCUGCUGAUGACUUUAUUUUUGGUUUUGAGGAUUCAGCACCUAUGUAUACAUAAAGUAAGAGAGAUGAUUCAUUAUUAAUUUACUAUCUUCCAGGCAGCCAUUUCAUUUCAGUGUUUUAUGAAAGUCACCUUGCAUAGCCUAAACCUUUUUUUGACAUUGGUUUUUUUUGAAUGAUUGUUGUCGGUUACAUUUUGUUGUAAGAUAAUGCAGCUGACAGCAGUGUUUUUCAGAGACUCUGCCAAUGCUGCUGCUAAACUUUGACAGCAGACACCGCUUUCUACAGGAUAAAAUAACCAAGUUCAUAUUAUACAUGUCACACUAUGUUUUCACUUGUUUAUACUGCCUGUUUAAUUUUCCAACAACACAGUUCAUGAUCACAGUGCUGCUUAUCAUCUGACUCAAAUCUCUAAUCUAGAAUUUUCCACAAGGUCUUAAAACUAUCAGUUGCCUCUGACUGGAAACUUUGCCGAUAGAAAGUUUAUUGUGAUGCAUUGUCAUUCAAAAGUUCUCUGCAACUGCAUCCCACACUGGAAUGCUGAUAAAACCAUGGCUACAAUAACGUAUUUAAAAUGAUAACAACUUUUGGCACA